CCUAAACAAUCCCAUCCAUCUUCUCACUCCUUUCCCCAAAGCGGCCCUUUUCCCUGGCGCAUCCGUUGUUCCUUGCAGACAUCAUCGCCGGCCACCCGUCACAAUGUCACCGACCAUCAACGUCCUCGUCUCGCCCUUCGCAGGGCUUGGCACAUCGACGAUUUCCUUCCCGCUCCAGUCGACAGCCGUCACUUCUGAUAUUUGGGACGAGAUCGAGAACCGCCUGCCGCUGAGGGACCACCGCCUCGUUCUGACAACCCACUCGAGGAGAGAGAUACUGCGAACCUCCUCAGACAGCGUUGCCAGCUUUCUCCAAACCUCCCACGAUGACUUCCUCCCACUACGCCUCUCCGUCCCGGUCCUGGGUGGCAAGGGUGGCUUCGGCUCCCAGCUGCGCGCGGCCGGCGGUCGCAUGUCGUCCAAGAAGAAGAACCAGGGAGAGAACAAUGGCUCCAGCCGCAGCCUUGACGGCCGGAGGGUGCGCACAGUCACCGAGGCCAAGGCGCUGGCCGAGUACCUCGCCAUCAAGCCCGACAUGGACAGGAAGGAAAAGGAGAAGCGGAGGAAGCGCUGGGAGCAGAUCGUCGAGAUGACGGAGAAGAAGGAGCACGAGAUCAAGCACAGCAAGGGGCGCCUGGACGGCAAGUGGGUCGAGGACAAGGAGGAGGCCGGAGAGCGCACGCGCGACGCUGUCCUGGCCGCUAUGAAGGCGGGCAAGUUCACCGACAACCUUGUCGCCAACCCCGGCGCGACCUCCAAGGCGCCCGAGAACGAGGCCGGAUCCUCGAGCGAUACAGACAUGGUGGGCGAGGAAGGAGGAAGCUCUGCCGCUACAUCGCCACCAUCCGAGCCAGAGACGAACAUCAAGGCAUCGACCUCAAAAGCAAAGAGGUUCGCUGGGUUCGACGACGAUGACGAAUUCAUGUCUAGCGAUGAAGAGGGUGGCAAGUAAUGAGAGGCUUAUGACCCAAUUGGUCUGUGCUGUUUCCCUCUGGAAGCGGAGUUUGGAGUUGGCGUUUAUGGGUACUCAGCGAUGUGGAUUGAUAUCACCUUUUCUGCAGCGGCUUUUUUUCUCUACGAGCUCUUCCCAGCAAGCAAUUGGCCCGAUAGCCGUUUUUCCAAUGCCAACUAAUCGACGACAUUUAUUAUUCACAUUAUAACCUACCAUGCGUCUUUGGAGCAGGAGUAAUACCCAAAGAGUCAGGUCCCGACAUGCGGGGACAUAGAAGCUAGGAACCAACAAUCACGAGCGGGCACUUCCCAUCGGGUUUUAUUGACUCGGGUCGCAGUG